AAAUUCCCGCGGCCUGAGUGGUGGAGCCCUAGUGGGGAGCGCGGCACCACCUUCCUCCUCCCGGGCGGGCGGGGGCGUUAGGCCCAGCGAGGGCCGGGCCUCCUGAGUGGGUGGGGUGGGGGCCGCUGCGUCCGCCAGGAGCGGCCCAGCAGGCGGCGGACGGGGAGCGCGGACGAUUCUGCUGCGGCUCACCCGCCGCCCGGCCGGCUGAGACCCUCGCGCCCCCGCUCCCGGGGCCCCCGCCCCUUCACCGUCUCCGCCUCCUUUCUCACACACCCCCCGGGCCGCCCGGGCCCCAAGCCUUCCCGGCGCUCCUCCCCCUUCUCCUCACACUCGCUCUCUGGCCGGGGUCCUCCUGCCGCCCGCCGGCCUGCUCCCUUCGGGGCAAGUCCUGCUUCUUAGGCUCUCCUUUCACACACGCGCUUGCUUGCUGGGCCGUCCCCUCCUCUCCGGCCCUCCUCCUCCUGGUCCUUGCUAAGGCUGCCGUCGGGGAGGAUUGAUGUCCCUUCAGCAUCAUGCAGCCGCCGCCGAGGAAGGUGAAAGUUACCCAAGAACUGAAAAACAUUCAAGUUGAGCAGAUGACAAAACUUCAAGCCAAACAUCAAGCAGAAUGUGAUUUGCUUGAAGAUAUGAGGACAUUCAGUCAGAAGAAGGCUGCUAUUGAAAGAGAGUAUGCACAGGGUAUCCAGAAGUUGGCUAGUCAAUACCUGAAGAGAGAUUGGCCUGGAGUGAAAGCUGAUGAUCGGAAUGAUUACAGGCUUGGAGACUGAGUCGCCCACUCCAUCACAGCCACCACCAACACCAGCAUACACUGCUCAAGACCCAGAAGGUGAUCCCACCACUGCCACUGCCUGUUUUAUGCCAGCUGCCCAGAGGCCCAAGAAUCUGCCUUCCCACCCAGCUCACUGCUGCAACUACCAGUAUCUGAGUAAGCCACCUGGAGGCCAAGAAUUGGCCCACCUGCACUAUUGGUGCCAACUCACCACUGUCUCUACUGGGGCUCAAAGACUGGCCUACCUGGUGUCCCAACCCUCAGCAAAACUUUACCACAGCCCUCACUAAUAACUGUACCUGAAACCACCGAAGAAAUUACAAACACAUGGCCAGGCGCGGUGGCUCAAGCCUAUAAUCCCAGCACUUUGGGAGGCUGAGACGGGCGGAUCACGAG